AGAAGCGGGGCGCUUCCGGCGGCGGGGGCCGUGGCUGUGGGGGUUGGUGUGGAGAACCCCCUCAGUCUCUGGGUGUUUUCGAGGUGCGGGGUCGGCCUGGUGCGGUGUGCGCAGGAGGAGCGGGGCAGACGGCGUGGAGGUACACUGCAUGGUUCCUUCUCUCUACUGUGGUCCCACAUUUGAAACAUGGCUACGGAUUGGCUGGGCAGUAUUGUGUCCAUCAACUGUGGAGAUAGCUUGGGUGUCUAUCAGGGAAGAGUGUCAGCAGUGGAUCAGGUCAGCCAGACCAUUUCUCUCACCCGGCCUUUCCACAAUGGAGUGAAGUGCCUCGUGCCAGAAGUCACCUUCAGGGCCGGUGACAUUACGGAAUUAAAAAUUCUGGAGAUACCAGGUCCUGGAGAAAACCAACAUUUUGGAGACCUUCAUCAGACAGAAUUAGGCCCCUCUGGUGUUGGGUACCAAGUAGGUGUCAAUCAGAAUGGCGCGGGCAAGUUGGUCAAGAAGCCAACCUCUUCCAGCAGUGCCCCUCAGAACAUCCCUAAGAGGACAGAUUUGAAGAGCCAAGAUGUUGCUGUUUCCCCCCAGCAGCAGCAGUGCUCAAAGAGCUAUGUGGACAGGCACGUGGAAUCCUUGAAUCAGUCCAAAAGUUUCCGUCGUCGGCACAACUCCUGGUCAUCUAGUAGCAGGCACCCAAAUCAGGCAACUCCAAAGAAAAGUGGCUUAAAGAAUGGCCAAAUGAAGAGUAAAGAUGACGAGUGCUUCGGGGAUGAUAUUGAGGAGAUCCCAGACACAGAUUUUGAUUUUGAAGGGAACUUGGCCCUUUUUGACAAGGCAGCUGUGUUUGAGGAGAUUGAUACCUAUGAGAGGAGAAGUGGUACCCGUUCCCGGGGCAUCCCAAGUGAAAGGCCUACUCGUUACCGCCAUGAUGAGAACAUCCUGGAGUCAGAGCCCAUUGUCUACCGACGGAUCACAGUGCCCCACAACGUGAGCAAGGAAUUCUGCACAGACUCUGGCCUGGUCGUCCCAAGCGUUUCCUAUGAGCUGCAUAAAAAGCUGUUGUCUGUUGCGGAGAAGCAUGGGUUGACUCUAGAGCGGAGACUAGAGAUGACGGGCGUGUGUGCCAGUCAGAUGGCACUGACCCUGCUUGGAGGACCCAACAGGUUGAAUCCCAAAAAUGUUCACCAGAGGCCUACAGUGGCCCUGCUAUGUGGGCCCCACGUGAAGGGGGCUCAAGGUAUCAGCUGUGGAAGGCACCUAGCCAACCAUGAUGUCCAGGUCAUCCUCUUCCUGCCCAACUUUGUCAAGAUGCUGGAGUCCAUCACCAAUGAGCUGUCUCUCUUCAGCAAGACCCAAGGCCAACAAGUGUCUAGCCUCAAAGAUCUGCCCACUAGCCCUGUGGACCUGGUGAUCAACUGCCUGGAUUGCCCCGAGAACGCCUUCCUGCGGGAUCAGCCCUGGUACAAGGCAGCCGUGGCCUGGGCCAACCAGAACCGGGCACCAGUGCUCAGCAUAGACCCUCCUGUGCAUGAAGUUGAACAGGGCAUCGAUGCCAAGUGGUCACUGGCUCUGGGCUUGCCUCUGCCGCUGGGAGAGCACGCAGGCCGCGUCUAUUUGUGUGACAUUGGCAUUCCCCAGCAGGUGUUCCAGGAGGUGGGCAUCAACUACCACUCACCCUUUGGCUGCAAGUUUGUCAUCCCACUGCACUCUGCCUAGAGGGGCUCAAGGCAGGCUGGACCCUGCAGUCCCCUGCUGCUUCUGACACAACUUGACAACGAACGCCUUAAGGAUGUGAAGCUUCAUGGACCUUGAUGUUAAAUUUUUUCGUUUGGGUUUGUUUCUUCUGUGAGAGAACAGAUCAUAUUUAAAACUGACCUGUCACCUGCCCUUAGCCAGGGAAGGCUUUCUCACUGGGUGUGCAGGUAGGUGCCAGGCUGAGUGCACAGUGGCUCCAGGCAUCUCUACACUCGGCCCCCUGCAUGGCCAGGUGGGGGCUUUGUUUACAGACAUAGGCAGCUCUCAGACUGUGUUUUAGGUUUACAGCCACUGGGCCUGGGCAAGGGCCUUGCGGGGUGGGGCAGGUCCUGACUGGGGCCCUAUACUUGCUCUUUUUAGAGCUUGUGGCUUUGUCUCCCCUACUCCCCUAGCUGGCAGCCCUUCCUCUGAUCAUGUAGAACCGGCUGUGCCGCAGCUGUCCACUAGAGGGCAGACUUGCACUCCCCAUUCAUUUUGAGGACUGUGAGGAGGCCUUCCCUGAGGCCCACAAGUUGAUUUGAGGGCUUUUGACCUUUUCUCCUGAGCUAAUCCAAGUAUUAUGCUGGGAUUUUUUUCAAGGGUCCUUCCUUCCUCCUGUCCACUCCAUCACUCUGAGAGGCAGGGAAGGGGGGGUGGCAUCAGGAUGGUUUUACUGUAUUGGGAUUUUAUACUGUUUUUCUGUUGUCUUCAGCACAAGUGUAAGGUUAUGUUACUGUAGAACCACAGUGCCCAUCUUGCCAGCAGUGCCCCCAAAACCCCUUACCCCCUCUAGCUGGGGGCUGAGCCUUCACCUAGUCUGGGGCCAGACCCCUCAGGGUGCAGCUUUAAUGUUCAGUAUUGGGGAGGCCCCUGGGGGAGCCUGGUGCUGAGCCAGAAGAGGCUCCCUGGUGCUUCUGUCCUAGGCCACCACUCCCCCCCCACCUUGCCUGCACGUACAUACCCCUACUCUCUUCUGCCCCCUCUGCCCUUUGCUUGAAAUGGUCCUCUGCAGCUGUCAUCCCAGAGCAGAGUGCAUGUCCCUUCCCUGUGUGGGCUCUACCCCAGCUCUUACAGUGUCUGGGCUUUGAACCCUUUAUGGUUGUCCAUUCUAGAUGAGUAGGCUUGGGGCCAGCACCCUGUCUCAAAGAUGCCAAAAUGAGGCUAGUUCUAGAUGAGCUGGCUAGUGGAGCUCAGCCAUAGGAACACACUGCUGCUCAGAUCCUAAGGCACUAAGCCCCCAGACUUCACAGGCUUAGGCCCUAGAGGCUGGUGGAACAGGAGCCAUGCCCUGGAGUCCCUGGCAGGGGCCCUUGCAAAAGGCUUAUACUUUGAAGCCUUUUUCAGGACUUCAGGCUUUCUUCUGCUCUGUGCCCACCCACUCUGAUUUAAGGGGGUGAGUGGGAGGGCUCACCAAGGAUUGUGGACACAGGGUAGGCCCUAGUACCAUGGGUUUCAGGUUGCUUAUCACUUUUCUUAUAGGAGCAUAGCCAGGAGCAGAUGAGGCAGGGCAGAGAGGGCUGGUCCCUUCUUUCCUCCCAUCCUCCCUCAAAUGUUCAAUUGUCUCCAGCAGUGGGAGGAGGCCAGAGACUGAGCCUGUGCUGUGUAUCCUCCCUGAGCCUCUGCUCACUCUCAGGGCCAAGCAGCUUCCAAGAUGGGGCCCUCUGUUUAGCGGAAGGGCCGUAAUCUGAGGAACAGUGCUGGAUUACAGGCAUUUUAGUAAGCAACCAUUCAACAGGUUCUGGCUGCCUGUUAAUGCAGUUAGGCCCCGAUUGGGUACAAUGGAAAACAAGCUAGAACCCUGGCCCAGAAGACUCUGCUUGCCCCAGUAAGCCACAGUGGCCCUGGGGGUAAAGGCCUUGUUGAGAGGCCACUGGGAGUUUGUGCCCAAGCCUCUUCCUCUUCUCUCCCCAGGUGGCACUGGAGCCUCUCCUUGCUCUCAGCCUGGGCCUUCCCCAGUGGUAUUCAAGAUAGGCAUGAUUCCUCUAUCUUCAGCUCUUUUCAGAGGCAUCCUGCUCGCAGUGCCCAGUCCCUAAGGGGCCCCAAUCGGGUGGUCAAGCCUAUCACUAAUGCAGCUCUUGGGGAACCAAAAACCAGCACUAAAAUAAAGCUGAAUGAUGGA